AGUUGAAUUCACUUUCUUCUCUCUUCAUCUUUCAGACUUCAAAGACGUUUACGCUUUCACCUUGUCAGACUCGCUUUAGCUUGCAAGUAAAGGUACGAUCUUGAUUCAUCAAAAGGAAAGCCUGACUCACAUCAUAUCAUUCAGGAUCACGUUUGCAACGUUUCAUCCUUGUUUCAUUCUUCGCAUUAACGACAUAUAACGAAUCAAAACCGCAUCGCCUCUAAUGGCUAGUCCUCAACCUCCCCAUCAGGGUGGAGGAGGAAUGGCCAAUCAAGGUUACUUUGCCGGCCAACAGCCUAAUCAACAAAGACCUAUGCAGCCCCAAAAUCCAGCACUCUCUCCUCGGCCAUUUGCAAAUCCAGGCAAUGUUCAUUCUCCUGGGGCACCAAUGGGAAAUCCAAACAUGCAACCUCAGCCAGGUCAAAUGCAACAAAGUGCUGGUAGACCUUAUCCAGGCGGACCGCAAAGACCAAUGAUGGGAAUGAAUCCCGGAGCUCCAAGACCGCCAAACGGAGUUGGUGGACCUGGUUUAAUGCCUGGGCAGCCGCAACAUCAAAUGCAGCCUGAUGGACGUUUGAGCCCAAGACCGGGCAUGCCUAUGCAAGCAAGACCUAUGCAAGGACAACAACUGCAACCUCAGCAGCACGGUCCUGCAGGUAUCGCUAAUCAGAUGGCAAACAUGCAAAUCGGACAAGCACAGCAAAAUCAGCAUGAAAUCCCACCUCCUGAUCGUGGUACAACACCAUCUCAAGCUCGAUCCAAUAAACGCAGUGCACGUGCAUACCAUCAUGACGAACCUGCUCCACCCGUACCCGCAAGUGGGGGAUGGAAUGAUGUUCCUCAACAUGGCAACCAACAACCCGUUCAAAAUAGGGUUCCACAAGGUCAGCAACCAGCAUGGCAACAAGCUGCUGCUGCACGUGUGGCACAAUACGAACAAAUGCAAGAUGAUCCAAAUGCUGUUUUAGAUCAAAUCCCAGGUCAAAGAAAUGUUAUCAGUCAAGAACAAGCAAGAUUCAAUCAAGCACAAAUGGCUGCUGCUGGCGGUGGUCAUGCACAAAAUAUUCCAAUUCAGCCUGGCGUGCCUGGUCCACAAACACCUGGCAUUGGUCCAAUCAAUCAACCUCCUCAUACUGCUGGUCAGCGAUUUCCAGGUCCAAGAACGAAGAUCGAUCCAGAUCAAAUUCCAAGUCCGGUUGAGGCAAUGGAUAAUGACCAAGCCUUCUUUGAUAAAGAAUGGUUUGAGACGUGCGGUAGAGGUGGAUUGCCGCUUAGUACGACUGAAUUUGUUUCUGUCGAUCAAGGAAAUUGCUCGCCAAAGCAUAUGCGUUUGACGACUUAUAGUAUGCCCGCAUCAGAUGAACUAGCAGCCACUUCGCAAUUACCUUUGGCCAUCAUCGUUCAGCCUUUUGCCCAACAGCGGUUAGAAGAGGCACCUAUCCCCGUUGUGGAGUGUGGACCUUCAGGACCGCCAAGAUGCAAAAGAUGCAGAGCUUACAUAAAUCCAUGGGCAAUUUUCGUGGAAGGAGGACAGAAAUGGGUUUGCAAUUUGUGUGGUACACCAACACCUGUUGCUGCCGAUUACUUUUGCAAUUUGGACAUGUCUGGUCGACGAGUGGAUUUCGAACAGAGAUUUGAGUUGAGUCGAGGUACAGUCGAGUUCAAGGUUCCAAAAGAAUAUUGGGCAGUUCAAAGUUCACCACCAGCUGCGCUUGCCUUGCCUGCUUUACCUGCGUUUACGCAGGCGGGUACUGAAAGACUUAGUCCACAACCACCACAACAAAAUGAAGAACAAUUCGAAGGUUCAACGAUGGGUUUGAGCGGUCAAGGUGGAGUGGCUGCAAAAGCUGCUACAAAAGCAGCAAGCGAUGCGUUAGGCAAUCUCACUCUAGGUCAAGGAAGAACAGCAGUUCGAAUGCCUCGUCCGAUGACAUACUUUUUCCUGAUCGAUGUAAGCUUUUCUGCUGUUCGUUGCGGAUCGCUAAAGGCUUCUUUGGAUUCAAUUCGUGAGACAUUAUAUGGUCCGCGCGAGACAGAACAGAAAGAGAAUGGUGCUGCAGAGGAAGAUGACAAGGCACCGGGCUUUGGUUUGCCAUACGGAAGUCGUGUUGCUAUCAUGACGUUUGAUCGCUCUUUGCACUUUUACAACUUACUUCCUGAAUUGGAUCACGCUCAAAUGCUCGUUGUUGGUGAUAUCGAUGAACCUUUUGUUCCAUUGAAUGAAGGUUUAUUGGCAGAUCCAUGGGAGUCUAGAAACGUGAUUGAAACCCUGUUGGACGGACUACCGGGCAUCUUUGCUGAAAACAUGGUUGCUGAAGCUGCAUUGGGUGCUGCAAUUCGUGGUAUGCAAGGAGCAAUGAGUACGAUCGGUGGACAAUGCAACAUUUUCAUUUCAACGAUUCCAACUGUCGGCCCAGGAAGCUUGAAGCAUCGGGAAGAUACAAAAUUGUACGGCACCGAAAAAGAAAAGCAACUUUUCGUUCCUCAGGAUGGUUUCUACCGAGGUGUAGCGGAGGAACUGGUAGAAGCAGGUAUUGGUGUCAAUACAUUCUUCUUCCCAUCUCAGUAUAUCGAUGUGGCUACAAUUGGUACAUUGAGCGGCUUGACUGGUGGUGAAUUGUACUUCCAUCCUCGUUUCGAUGUUGUACGUGAUCGAUCUCGAUUGGAUUCCCAGAUCAAACGUGCAAUCUUACGCGAGACUGGUUACAAUGCAACAAUGCGUGUUCGUUGCUCAAAUGGACUACAUGUUACCGAUCACUUUGGUAACUUCUUCAUGCGUAAUUCUACCGAUAUCGAAUUGGCCAACAUGGAUGCGGAUAAAGCAAUCAUUGCUGCCUUCAAACAUGAUGGUAAAUUGGACGAGAAACACGAAGCCCACUUCCAAGCUGCAACACUCUACACAACAGCUGAUGGUGAACGUCGUGUUCGCUGUCACAACAUCGCCGUCCCAGUCACCUCUCUUCUUGGCAACGUUUUCAGAUAUGCUGAUCUGGAUUCGACAAUCACAUAUCUCACCAAGAGUGGAAUCGCUUUGGCACAACAAAAGCCAUUAAGGGAUGUCCGACACUUAUUGACGGAGAAAUGCGUAAAGAUUUUAUUGGCAUACAGAAGAAAUUGCGCUUCAAGUACAAGUCCUGGUCAAUUAAUCUUACCAGAGAGCUUCAAGCUUUUACCUCUUUAUAUUUUGGGUAUCAAUAAAACAAAAGCACUCAAAGGUGGAAAUGUGACAAGUGAUGUUCGAACGUUCUUUAUGCGAUUUUUGCGUGGUUUAAGUACGGGCGCAACUAUGGGAAUGUUGUAUCCACGUAUGGUUGCUUUGCACAAUAUGAGACCGGAUGAUGGAGAACCAAUUCAACCAAGUAGCGCAGGCGAAGGAUUACCCGUUCAGCCACCCGUACUUACUGGUAGAAUCAAAACGCCUCCUUUGAUGAGACCAAGCUAUUUGCGAAUGGAAGGACAUGGUGCUUAUUUGGUGGAGAAUGGAGAGAUUUGCUUGUUGUGGUUGGGUAGCAAUGUCAGUCCAAAGCUAUUAGAAGAUCUUUACGGAGUAAACAGUUUGGAAGAAUUGGAUCCAAGGAUGACAGCAUUACCUAAAUUGCCAACAAAGUUAUCUCAACAAACCCGUAACCUUGUUAAUGAUUUCGCACGUCAACGUAAUAAACCUUUCUUGCCAAUCAUCAUUGCUCGUCAAAAUCGUGAUGGAACAGAAGUUGAAUUGGCAAACAGUUUAGUGGAAGAUCAAAAUAAUGACGCAAUGUCUUAUGUCGAUUACCUUUGUCAUGUUCAUCGAAUCAUCACUACGGAAAUGUCUGGCGGUGGUACGAAUGGUGGCAAAAACGAUGGCGGUGAUACUUCAAGCUAUUGGCGUGGAUGGUAAUUUGUGGGUCAAAAGAGAGAGAGAGAAGUUGUUUUAGUAGCACACGCAAAACGUAUUGUUUAUCUUCAGUAUAAUCUACAACAUGUUCAUAUUUCAUCUUAAAAAUUUCAAAAUGUAUCCAAAGCAAAGCAGUACCUUACUGUAACUAUGAUGAUGACCAAUAAUUGCAUCACAAUGAAACCAAGUUUUAUUUUGAA